GGGAAAACCAGGCGGUGGACUGUGCUUCCUACCCUUAGGCUUGGAGACACAAGCCCCAGCAAUGGAAGGAUUAAAAAGCCUCAAUUUUAAAAAGACAGGGGGAGGGGAGGGAAUGUGGGCUGCACAAUUUAUAAAUAGACACUCCCCGAGGCUGCCUGAUGAUGAAAUGGUUGUUUAGUAAAUCUUUCUCCCUUAAGGAUCCCAUUAUCGGAGAGCAUUUGAAAAUACCAGUUUCAUUUUGUCUUUUGGGGGAGAUCCUGGGUUUCAUCAGGUCAGCCCUGUUGGAUGAUAUUUCUCUCUCUCAAAUUUAGGGGCAGGUCUUCGAGAAUUUGAAUCACCUACACAUGGAGCACAAAGAUGAUGACGAUGAUGAUGUGUCUUUCGCCAAAUGGAUGAGCAGCUUCUGGGGUCACGGCUGGAUAGAAGAGAAUGAGAGAGGACUCCGGGACCACCACAGAUCACAAGAUGCCACUUACAGGAAAACCUCCCUGCCCUGCCCAUUUCCUGUGCUUCCCAGAAUCACAUCAUCUGACAGCCGUCCCAGAAGGCAUUCUCAUGAGGACGAGGGAUUUCGAUGCCAUACCCACAUGCUGGAUUACAGAAAAUGCUCAGUGGAUGAGUCAUUCAAGGAGCCACUGGAAUCAAAAGGAAGCUCCCGUUCCAAAAUUCAAGCAUUUUCAGAGUCCUUUGAACAGGAACUGUGCUUUAGAACCAAAUGCUCUGUCUCUUUGGGACCUGAGAGCAGAAAGGAGAGGAGCAAAAGGGAAUGCCUGAGGAUGGAGAUGAAAUCUCAAAAGAAAGUGGAGGAAAGAAGGAACCCUAGGAAGGAAGAACAUGGAGAAGCAUACAUGCCCCCCUUGCUUGAAAAAGAUCCCAAAUAGUAUUUUGUUUCCACAUCACGUCUCCAGAUGCCACUGUGGUUUUCGGGCCCCAGUACGCCAGGCCAGGUAGUGGUAGCUGUGAAGGAGUGCCCACAGAGGCUGAGUGACUGCAGGGGGCGGUCGGUAGUGUGAUCUGCUCUGUUGUCCUUUUAUGGGACUAAGGAGAAUGAAAGGUAUUUUAAUAGAAUAAGUUAUUCUUAAAAAUGUAAAGAAAGAUAUUUAAAGAACCACCCACCCAUCUUCGCUAACUCUUCUUCCGCAUCAACCUGGCAAAUAAUUUUAAAUAAAAGUCAUUG